AUGUCCGCGCCAGGCGGCGCUCCCAGUCCCGCCCCGCGAGGUGGCAGCAUGGGACCCGGUGGCGGUAAUACUGGCGGCGUGUCUAUGUCCUCUCAGCAGUCUUUGCCUGGCACUCCAGUGCACGCGCCGCCUACCCCAGGUCCAGCAGCACCCCCCAGCGGCGCCAUGUCCCAGCAGAACUUGAAUCAGAUUACCUGCCUUCAAGCUAUCAUGGCCCCGAAGAAACGCACCCAAAAGUCGAGUCAGCGAGCUCCCAAGUCACGCCGUGAAGCUGCUGCUGGGACCUCUUCUGAGCCUACGCCAUCCUCUGCUCCGCCUGCACCUCCUGCUACUCAAGGACAAGAGGUCCCGGCAGACCAAGGAACUGGCUCCAAUGGGUCUGAAGCUGUCAUGAACAACAUUCCUCCUACUCUUCGGCCUUUCUUGGGUUCAGACUGGUGUCUGAACAUAGGAACGGCUGAACGGCGUGUUGAAUUUGUCAAAUUCUUGACGGAAAGCCCUCAUAUGGCACAAACUGUCAUUGAUUAUCUCGCCAAGAAGGGCUACAGCCGAACCGAGGCCAUGCUGCGCAUGGAGUCCGCCAACCAAGAAAUUGACGGCCGUCCUUUGCCCCCUCUCUCAGAGGAUGCUCGCCCCCGUUUCCGGCAGGGCUUUGAUUUGCUGAAGAACUGGGUCGAGGAGAACCUGGAUUUGUACAAGCCCGAGCUGCGUCGGGUUUUGUUCCCGCUUUUCAUCUACUCGUACAUCAACAUGAUCACCGCCCUCUACACUGAGGAUGCCAAGCAGUUCUUCGAGGCCUACAAGAACAUGUUCCUCCCGGACCACGCGGAUGACAUCCGAGUGUUUGAAACCAUCGGCCUCCCGGAGCAUGUGCAAAGCAAUUCGCUUUCGAAUCUGUACCGCCACAACAAGUAUCGCCUUGUUCUGAGCAACCCUGCCUACACCAAUCUCCUGCAGUUCCUUGAAAGCAAGGAAAAGGAGGGAGGAUCCGUCAUGACUGCGCUUUUGAGCAGCUAUUGCACCAUCAAGACCAUGGAUCGGGCUGCUGAUGAGCGUUUCAGCUUUGCUGCUAUGCUUGGUCAGAUUGGGGCGGCCCAGCCCACUCCUGCUGAGGAUGAAGGAAUCCCAGGCCACCAUCCCGGGUCUGCCUACACGGGUGACAACCCGGCUAUGGCGGGGACCUUGCCGCGACUGAGACUUGGCCCAAUGCCCUUGGAGCAGACAUUGGAGGAAGAUGUUCGCGCCGAACUUGCCGACGAGGAUGCGAAGGAACCCCCGAGCGCCGGCAAGAACACGCUGGUCCAUGAGUUUGAGCAGAUGAUCAAGAAAGAGGAAGACGACGAAGCGCCCUCCCGCACUGAUAUUCCUUUCCCUCCUUCGACUGCCCGGGAUGUUGCUAUCGAGGUGAUGAAAGUGAAGGAGCAUCGGGACCGGCUCAAGAUCGAUGGUCGUACUGGUGGCGUGGGUCCUGGCAUGAACGUGUGCAUGUUCACUUUUCACAACACGUUCGACGGGAUCAACUGCUUGGACUUCUCAGAUGACAAUACGCUUGUGGCCGCGGGCUUCGAACAUUCUUACAUCCGUGUCUGGACUCUCGACGGUGAGAAACUCCGAGCAGCCGAUCCUGAAAUGGACAAGCUGCCGCCUGCGAACUCUCGACGCCUGAUUGGACACUCUGGCCCGGUGUAUGCCGUUGCCUUUGCUCCCUGUGGUGUCGAAGAUGAGAGUGUCGCCGCAGAGAACCGGGUCGCUACCAAUGCUCGCUUCCUGCUUUCCUCCUCGGCGGACAAGACCAUCCGGCUGUGGUCUCUUGAUACUUGGCAGUGCGUGGUGGUUUACAAAGGACAUGAUCGUCCGGUCUGGGAUUUGCGCUGGGGGCCUUUCGGGCACUACUUUGUCUCGGGGGGUUCUGACAAGACGGCUCGUCUCUGGGUGACUGACCACAUUCGCCAGCAGCGUAUCUUUGCCGGCCAUGACCAGGAUGUGGACUGUGUCUGCUUCCACCCCAACUCUGCCUAUGUCUUCACUGCCAGCUGCGACCACACCGUGCGUAUGUGGGCAAUCACAACUGGAAAUGCUGUCCGCAUGUUCACUGGCCACACGGGCAACGUCACUGCCAUGGAAUGCAGCCGCAAUGGCAAGAUCCUGGCGUCGGCCGAUGACCAGGGAUCCAUUUUCCUGUGGGAUUUGGCUGCGGGAAGACUCAUGAAGCGCAUGCGCGGUCAUGAGAAAGGUGGCAUCUGGUCUCUCAGCUUCAGCUCUGAGUCUACGGUGUUGGUCUCGGGUGGCGCUGAUAGCACCGUCCGUGUCUGGGACGUCACUGCUCCCCAGGAGGCUACCCAGGGACGUACUAUUGCUGAGGGUGGCGGUGGCACCAAGAUUGAUGCACCCAAUGCCCCUCCUAGUGCUGCCAGCCAGAGCAAGAAGAAGAAGAAGGGUAAGGAUAAUGUGGUCACCCCCGACCAGGUCAGCGCCUUCCAGGCCAAGAAGAGCCCUGUCUACAAGGUCAAGUUUACCGGCAUGAACUUGGUCUUGGCUGGCGGUGCCUUUUUGCCAAAUUCUUCUUAG